AUGAAUCAGUUGACUGACUAUGAAUCUGUUGAAAACAGGAAAUAUGGAAGCAGUGGUGAACAAACAAGCAAUAUUUUUUUGUACAGAAUCCUCAGAAAAAAAGAGCUGGAAAAACCCCAUAAACCAGUGGUAUUCACUGUGCUGGAAUCAGUGAUAAAACUGUUGACAGACAAGUUACCAAGUGGUUCUGAAGUCCCAGAAAGCAUCACUGUGGUUACAGACUGCAUAAAGAAAAUACUUACGGAUUUAAAGGUUCUGCAUAAAAUUGUCCCAUGUGGGAGGGACGAAGAGAGCCUGUUCCUAACAGCAGUUGAAAACUCAUGGAUUCAUAUUCGCAGGAAGAAAAGGGACAGGACGAGGCAACUAAGAGAGCUUCCCCGUGCCCCGGAUGAUUUCCUACAGUCAAACAAGCUUGAAAGUGCAAUUAACAAGGAGACUACACUCCACAAGAAGACUGCACUCCACAAGGAGACUGCACUACAAGGGCAAAACUCUUCUGAACAACAAACCACAAAGGAGAGUGAGUCUGUUACCCAGAGUGAGACUUGUGUGCUACAUACAUUAUCCAGUUCUGCUGGUACCACUCCUUCUCACUGUGAACUUAUGGAAGCUGAAGGUGCAGCUUCCAAACCAGAUGAGGUCCCUUCACUUGAUGAAGAGGAACAAGACUUGGGGGAAGAUAUGAAACAGUCUUGUGGAGAAGCAUCCUCAGCUCCCCAAAGCAGCGUUCCUUUCCUUUUCAAGUGUGUGUUGACUGUUAAGAAGGAGAAAUCUGAUAUGCUGGUUGAGAUGCACUAUGUUGAGGGUCAGAACAGAGACUUAAUGAACCAACUCUGCACAUACCUUCGCAACCACAUCUGCAAACUUGCUACCAGCUAGCCUCCCAAAAUCUGAUAUAUUGCCCACAACCAAGAUCUCUCUUGGGAAAUUGCAAAAAUUAAAAUACAUUUUUUUUCUUCCCUUUUAAGGUUCUCCAUUCCCUCCUCGUGUAUCAUUUGGGAAUAGCCAUCUUUGGAAUAACGGUUCUUUUGAUGGGAUCUAUAGCUAUAGCUUGUUAUACCACUUGUGUGGCUUUUUGUAUAACUACAGCCAAAGCAUUUUACUUUAAAGUGGCAACAGGGCUGAAAUGAUUUUGGCAAAAGCCUUAGCUAAGUGACAGUGGAUAGAAAAGGAGCAGAGGAAUCUUAAAGGGCUAAAUCAAGCAUAUAAAGCUCACUUUGCUUCAAAUGUAAAAUUUAUUGCAGAAACUGACAUGCUAUUGCAGUUUUUCUCUAUAGUUUGUUCUCUUAACCAGAGCAGUGAUUCUUUUUAUGAACUAAUGUAAUCUAUCUUUUAAUAAAAAAUUUCAAUUACUUUACAUUUGACCUUGUCUGGUAUGUUUUUCACUUAAU